AUGAAGUUACUCGGAUGGAUUCAUAAAAAAGUUGGCCAGAAACACCUGCUCGUUGCAGCUAGAGGGAGUGACAAGAAAGAAGAGCAGGAGGCAUGGAAUGAUGCUAUUUUCCCCAGCUUCCUAGCAAUUGGAACUCUUGGUUUGGAUCCAUUAUUAACUCCAACAUUUUCCAUCUCUCUUGAAAAUAUAAUAACUGAAAAGGAAGAUGAAGUGACUGAAAAUGAGCUGAGGCUGAUCAAUGAUGAGCUAGAGAAAGUUCUUGUGCUAACCAACAACAGUGAUGAUUCAUCCGGUAGAAACAGCCACGGAAGCAGCAGCGGAGAAUCAAACACGGUUUGUCCACUUCAGGAAUAUCUCUUUGGAUCCGCAUUUGAAUUAUCAGAGACAACAACAACUAGAGUAUCAGUGUCAAAAAAUAAGGAGGAGGAGGAGCAGCGCGGUGAGAGAACAUCACUGGCAGAGCUGUUUCAGAGAAGCAAAGUAGAAGAUCAGAACAAUCGUGUUGAGGAGGCCAAGAAAAAAAGGAUGGUCCAUACCUCUGUUGACUCGUCUUCAGCAGACAGAAAACUGCAUAAUAAGAUUAUCCAAAUGUUCCAGAAGAAAAGAGCAGUAGAAAAGAAGAAGAAAAGAAUGAAUGAGAAUAAGGAGCAGUGGAUCAAAACAGAUGCAGAUUAUUUAGUGUUGGAGCUCUAA